GUCUGUUUUAAACAACUUAAUGACUGCACUUCAUUUAGCGCGCCCGAAUGAGACCUUUUGUAUUGGUAUAGUCUACUAAGAUUUAUGGGAAAUUUAAAUAGGCUAGGGGACAUUGCAAAUUUUCUGAUUCUCAAAAAGGUACAUAAAUAAAGAUUGUAACUUUUAUCAGGCUACCUAAAGAAAAUAUAGGCUAUUACUGAGAAAGUGAUAGGCUGUAGGAUGAUUAGCCUAUGCUACUGUAGGUUAAUGUAAAAAUAUGCCAGAUGAGAAAGUUGUUAAAUUUAUAAUAAUAAUAAUCAUAAAUAAAUAAAUAUAAAUAAAAAAGAUAAUAGUAACAACUUGAAGGAGAUGAUGAGGAAGGUGAUGGGAUGAGAUACGUCAAGCGGCUUAUAGACUAUAACUGCACGGGCUACUGGAGUAAAGACCCCCUGCGGCUCGCUCACUUUGUCGGUGCGUCCGAAUAUUCGGAGCUCUAUUUAAAAUGCAUUGAAUGGGAAGGGAAUUUCCAACAAUGGCGACCUGGACACAGUUGAGUGGGCAUCUCUUUCUCUCUCCUCACCCCCAGGAUCCAUUGCCGCUCCGCACAAUACCCCCCUUUCACCCCCGCCUCUGUUCCCAUACACCACGUGGAGGAGGGAUAAAGUGAAAAGCCAUUUUUAAUUAGAUGUAUCAAAAACAAGCACCCGACCUGCACCGUAUCUCAUACAAGGCCAAGCUGUCCACUAACUAUAAAGUAGGCUAGGUUUUCUUAUCUGUGAGCGCAUUAGGCCUUAAACAUAUCAUUUAAGAGAAAAAUAGUCACAAUAAUCUUAUACUGCUUUUAUAUCUUUAUUUAAAUUGAUACUGUAAAUUUAGCUGAAAUGGGCAGGGGAAAUGUUUUUGGUUGGGUGCUGAUUUGCAACGAUUUGGGCAUUCAUAAAGAAAUAAGUUUUUGAUUUGCUUAACAGUGCAACUAAAAUUAAUAAAAUUUCUCUCCUCAUUUAAUAGUUUAUUCAAUUCAGCCAGAACAUUGAUUGCCAAAAAUGUAUUCAAUCGUGUUCAGAGGACGUACCAAGUUUCCACUCAAGGAAUGUUUUUUCAAAUGUUUUUUCAGCUAUUAUGACUCAUAGAUUUGAGUCAUAAUAGCUAGUCAAUCUAAAAAAUCCAAAAUGGGGGAAAAAAUAUAGGGGGCAAAAUAGAAAAUGCCAAGACUUACCUUUCUCAUGCUCAGUUGAUGCAAUUGGCAGAAAUGCUGUAUCUGUGAGAAAUAUUAAACUGUUUUCAACAUUACAAAUGAAAUGUCAACAUAAUAUGAAAUGUUACUUGAGUAUUUGUAUUGUAAUGUGCUGUUGAAAAUUCAGCUUUUCCAUCACAGGAACGAAUUAUAUUUUAAAAUAUAUUAAAGUAUAGGAUAUAUAUUUAAAAUUGUAAUAAUAUUUCACAAUAUUACCUUUCUGGCUGUAUUUUUGAGUUUUGGUGAGCAAAAAAGAUUAAAUUUCCUGUUUCCUUUAGAGCAAACCAUCAGAUUUUUUUGGUAAGUGCAACAUACUUGACCAAUGUACGUCAGUUCUUCUGAUUACAUAAACAUUAUUUAUGACCGUUUUAGAGAUUGUUUGCCCUGAGGAAAAAAGUGCAUCAUAAUGGCGCGUUUGUUAUUAUUUGCGUUAGCUCAGUCAGCAGCCAAUCAGAUGAGGCCAAUUGCGCCCGCGCGGCGACCUACCUGUGACUGACAGUCUGUAAAUAAUGAACAACAACAACACAGUUGCGAAUUCUCGGUAACUAUUAUGAGCUUAAAAAGCUACAUAUUUGUGAAGAGCGAUAUACAUUUGAUAACAGCAUUAGUUUGAUUUACCGUUUUAGUAUCCUAAUAGAGAUGUGAGAGGGGAAUAUUUUUCCCGCUCUUUGCUAUUAUCUUUUACGUAAAGCGCGCGCAUAAUCUUUGUCAUUGUUCGUUAGCUUAAUUAUAAAAACAUCCUAAAUACAGAACAAUUACAUUUAACCGUUGUUGUCUGUUUUCUUCCAUAAGAACCGCCAUGUCGGCAUCUAAAUACACCUUGCAGUGUAAUUCGCAUAAAUGCCGGGCAAAGCUGAGUGGCUUCGCGUGGGUCACGGCCUGCUCUCAUGUCUUCUGUGAUCACCACGGUUCGGAAGCGUUCAGCCGCACACCUUCCAUCUGCCCCGUAUGCUCCACCAUGCUUUCAGGCAAACUGGACGUGCUGCGAACAGAGUUGACACCAUCAGAGCAAUACAAAGCUAUGGUUUUGGUCGGACUACAGCCUGAAACGGUUUUGGAAAUCAGUCAUAACGCACUAGUCUUUUGGACCUACCAGGUAAACCAGGAAAGGUUGCUGAUGGAGUACAAUUUGUCCAGAGCUGGGGGACAAGUGCUUCAGAUGGAGAAGUUUAUGACCCAGCAGAACCAGAGCAGAGAGCUUGAGUUAAAUGCAUUAAGAGGGGAGAUCGCAUCACUGAAAAAGGUGCUGGAUGAAUACAAGCAGAAGUACAAUGAGGUUUUGGAGCGACUGAAUGAACGCAACAGGCAAUAUCAGAAGCUGCAGAGACUUCUCGACUCACUUCGUAUGCACACUCUGGGAAUGGAAGAGAAAGAUCCCACGCCCCACACUUUCCCUACAGGGUUGGUCAAACAACACUCUCCCCAUAGCAGUCCUUCAUUCCUGGGACCAGAAGUUGACAGGUUUUUCUCAUUGGGACCAGACAAUGCUAAAACUUUCUUCCAGUUCAGCACACCCACCCGAGACAGAACCCACUCUUUCAUCAAGAAAAACUGAGUUUAACUUGAGUUUCACCAGGAUGCAUGAGCUGUAUCAGUCUUAUUUUUUCCAUUUAUGAAUUCUGAUUUCAGUUCUGACUGCCAAGUAUGGUUGUUUUCUCUUUAGUUUUUCCAUGUUCUUUCAAAUGUGUUAUUUAUUGAUAAAGCUGUUGCUCAGAGUUUGGAGAACGUGUUACGAUGUAAAUACUCCCAACAUGUUUCUGCUAAUGUAAAUGACUUUAGUGACGAAAAGAAGUCAAUUAAAAUAUAUGUAAAAGCC